UGAAUACGGAAAUAAAUAAAAAUCAUGACAUUUGGAAAUUAUUACUUCACAGUAUUCACUUAAAGAGGAUGGUAUCAACACAUACUACGUUAUACCUCAGAGUGUCGGAGGCGAAAGAACUUCUGGCAAAAGACUUGUAAGUUAUAACAAAACUUAGACUUUACAUUUAGUCUUCUUAUCACUUAUCUUAUCACUUAUGACAUGACUUUACUACUAAUUUACUUUUACUAACUUUUACUAUUUAUACUAUACACUUGGGUGACCAAACGUCCCGUAAAAACGGGAUCGUCCCGUUUUUUUCAAGUUUGUACCUGUUGCCCUGAAAAAGUCUCCCUGGACGCCUAAAUGUCCCGUUUUUUUUUAGCCAAACACAUUUUUUAAUCACUAAAACUUCCUAAUUUAUAAUAUAACUUCAAAUAAUAUUUUGGCUAGCUGUGUAGCCAGUACAAGUAGUGAUGUGGGCUCGCGUGAUGGCUGCACCAUUCCCUCUCCACCACAGUGUCGCUGCCAAAGAUCUUAUAUUAUAUGUAAAUUUGUACCGAGAGACACGAAACUUGAAGCCGCAAGGGGGGGGGGGAGGAUGUAACUGUGCAGAAGACAAUUUUGAUUCCACGACGGCUACGUGUAAGUGUAAUGUGUUAAUCUUAUGUGUGAUCCCUACUGGCCUGUUCUUGUCAGAGUAACAGAUACCGAGAGACACGAAACUUGAAGCCGCAAGGGGGGGGGGGGAGGAUGUAACUGUGCAGAAGACAAUUUUGAUUCCACGACUGCUACGUGUAAGUGUAAUGUGUUAAUCUUAUGUGUGAUCCCUACUGGCCUGUUCUUGUCAGAGUGACAGGUGUUUAUUUUGGGUGUUGAACUUUAUUUUUUUAUUUUAUAUUAUCUUCUCAUGUAAAAAUAAUUAUGCCCAAGCGUCAAUGUAAGUUUAUGGAUGAGUAUUCCAAAGAGUGGAACUAUAUUAAAAAGGGACGCUAUGAAAGUGAAACCAAGUGCACAGUUGGCAAUAAUGCUUUUAGUAUUGGUCAUGGCAGACGUUCAGACAUAAAACAACACAUCACAUCAGUGAAACUUAGGAAAAGACUGAGUGCCCCAAGUAGAUUUCUAGGUUAGAUUUCAUAGUUAAAAUGAGCAUAUUUAUUUCAAUAAACAGUUCCCGGCUGAGGCCCGUUUUUUCCAAAUCAUGAUUUGGUCAUCCAAAUAGUCACCCAAGUAUACACUAUACUUGAAUUUGUUAUAUUAUUUGAAUGAUACAAUUUUGAGCCAGGGUCGUGCCAAGGAAAAGCUGCAUGAAGGUGCCCCCCCAUUUUUCCCUGUUUCAAGGGGGGAAAAAAUUAUUAUCAUAUGACAUUUCCUUUAAUAUUUAUUUAUUUAUUUAUUUAUUUAUUUAGGCAUUUUUAUAUAGCGCUUAUCAUAAAGCUCUAAGCGCUUUACAAUUAUUAAAACAUGUAAACUAAGUAAAUAAAAAUGAGACACUAGGAUAGUAUCUACUAUACUAUAGAAACAAUGAAAAUGCGAAUAUUUACCCAAAGCAAAGUGAGUUAUAAACUUUGGUUAAUUAAUUUUUGUCCCUUUUUUUUUUUUUUAAUCAAUGAAUUAAUGUAGGUCUACAUAGAACAAAUUAUUAUUUUUCAAAAUCUCCUAUGACCAGCUCAUAAGUCCACCCCAUUUCUUACAUGUACCCUUACACUUGUUGAUAUAGACCUAUAUGCCUAUAAAAACUAUAUGCCUAUAUAUUUAAUAUAUUUUUUUAUGUUAUAUAUAUGUAUUGUUUGUGGAUAAUUUACAAUUUGGACUCAUUCCUAAAGAAGGAGCCUGGUACAUCUGCCUCCUGUGCCCUCCCUCGCACAGCCAUACACACUAGUCAUAGUAUAGUCUAUAUAUUUUAUAGUAUAUAUAUAUAUAGUAUAUAAUAUAUAUAUAGUAUAUAUAUUUCUAGUUAAUGCAUAAUGGCUGUGUUGCUUAUGGUUGAAAUGGCUAGAAAGACUUUGCCAUUGUAUGCUUGUACUUAGUUUUUGUCGUGUUGCGUUUGUUUUAAAUGUGGUAAACUAUAGAUUUUUUUUUUUUUUGACUUUGUACCGCGCUUCGAGCCUUUGGGGAUGAAGCGUGUUUUUGAAAUGAACUUUAUUAUUAUUAUUAUUAUAGUCACUUAUUUUUUACUUUUGCUAUUUUACUUUAGACUUCAGAGUUUAAACUUAAGUCAGUCUCAUCACAGUGCAGUGGCGCAGAGUCAAUGGCCCCAAAAAGGCUCAAUAGCACCUUCUGCUAGGCAAAUGGCCCACAGUGCAAUCCCAUAAUACUAAUGACUAAUGAUAGUUAUCAAACCCUAUUUCAUUUGGUUCAAGGCUAAGGUGUCCACACACUAAACCUGACUUCUAAAUGACAAAGAAAGUUAUUAAGAAUCUGGCCUAUCAACCCUUUAACUUUCAUUGGUAAUAUUGUAGUGCAAUACUAUUAUCAAAAUGCGAAUAUGUCAACUGUGUGUUAGUGUUGGGUCAGGGAUGAACUGGUGAAGGAGAGGCAGUAUGCCCAUAAUUGUCCCCAGUCCCUACACUGCCAAUGACAAUGGCUCAUUGUUCAGUGAUAUACCAAGUCUUUAAGAACAUUUCAUUGUGUUCAACAGUGUUUUUGGCUUCCAGCUGUUAAUUAGACCCAAUUAAUUAAAUGUAUGAGUGAGUUUAGUGAGUCAAGUCUUAAAUUACAAUUAUGAAUUUUAUUUAUUGCUACUUAUUCAUUGUAAGUUUAGAGUACCUUGGAUCAAAGUUGGAUGAAGCCUUAACUUAAGCAUAAUUGAUAAUGUACAUAUGUAUUCAUUCUUAUUCUUUCCAAGCAAUGGCAAAAGCGAUCCUUACUGUGUUAUCAAAGUUGACAAUGUUGUCAUAGCCAGGUAAGUUACAGUUGCAAAGUAACCAAAUGCAUUCUAGACAUGUAUAAUGGCAAGAUGUAAAAAGAUAAGUUUCUUACAAAAGGAUUGAUAAUUUAUUGGUCAACUAAAAGAUAACUAAAUGUUUUUUUAAAUUACUUUUUCAAUUCUCAUUUAUCUGGUGAAUCAUAAAUUUUGCACAAUAAAAUCUUUCUCUUUCAUUAUGCUUCUUUGAUAUUCAGUGGGAUGAAGGGCACAUGUCCUAAUGAGCACUGGAUCUGAUUGAUGAUAUUUAGUGGAGAAAAAAUGUUUGUUUGUAUGCAGCUGAUUACUCUCAAAGUUUAGAAGUUGUAUUUUUUUUCUAUAACUAAUUUUCUUAAAUAAUGUCGUUUUUUUUUAAAAUUUGGUUUUCCUGGGAUUCUACUGGUUGCGGGACAUGGGGGAGAAAUAAUGAUGUAUAAAAAAAGUAUGAUUUAACAAAAACAACUUAUUCUAAAAUGUUAAUCAGUAGAAAAAUUGAUUGAGAAUUUUUUUUAACGAUCUAGAUGUCAAUUUUGAUAGGUCAUCAGGUGUGGUCAAUGGUUUUAUUUAAAGUCUGUAGUAAAACUUGUAGUUUUGUAUUUGUUUUAAAAACUUUAUGCACUAACACCAAAAUGCACAUUUGGAGAUAUGUUAAUCUCAUGAGCUAUUCAAAGGUAUUAUUCAAGUUUAUUUUUCACUGUGCAUGAAAGCAAUCCUUUUAAAAAAAGAACAUUAGUAAGUAGAUAGUAUGAGAGAUGUGGACAUUAGGCUUUGUGUUUUUUAAAAAAUUCAUACCAUGGUUGACCCGGCAAAGUGGUGUUAUGAGUAACUGUUCAAAAUGCUUUUCUUUUGUGUUUAUCAGCAUCAGUUUAGAGAAUGAAAUAAAUUUCUCUUGUGGUAUUUUAAGAAUUUACUUUAAAAUAUCCAGCAGUAGCUUUAUCAGUUCUUCAAUUCAACUUGUGUUAAAUUGAUUUUUAAACAAACUUCUUUUUAUUAUCUUUGUUGAUAUUGUAUCAUAAUCUGAAAGAAUAGGUUUUCAAUCAAAUAUUUUCAGCUUUAUUUCUUUAUAAUUUUUUAUUUCAUUUUUAUCUCAUAGAACAGCAACAGUUUACAAGACUCUUGACCCACUUUGGGGAGAAGAGUUCAUCCUCCACAUGCCCAGUGGCUUUCAGAUGCUUAGUUUCUACAUCUAUGAUGCUGAUAAAGUCAGGUUUGUUACUUAACAGUAUGCUGAUUUUAUUAUGCUGAUGACCCUAUUCAACCUUUCCUUUCUUUGUUAUGUUGGAACUUGUAUUGUUUAUAAAAAAUAUAAAAAAUCUGUUUAACAUUACAAUUUGAGAGAUGUAAACGUUCAUUAUAAACAUGAAUUUCCCUGUCACCAUACUUUGGUCUUACUUUAAAUAAAAUUAAUAAGUUGUUUGAAAUCAAUCAUAACUAUUUAGAACUUAAUGAACAUUAGCAAAUAUCUUUUGAUAUUUAAUUAUUAUGUUACUUGAAAUAAAGGGACCUGUCUUUUUUAAAUAAAUUUAAUUGCUAUGAUUCAAUCUCAUUAAUCAUAUAUAACAGAUAUGUGUUUUUUUUUUAAACGCAAGAAAUUCAAUUUUAUUUUUGGGGUGUGGGGGGUUGGUUUUGAUACAGAUCCCUUCUAAGUGCAUGACAUGAUUAUUUCUUGGUGUCUAUAAUAUUAUACAGUGUAAAAAAACAAAACACAUUGUGUCUUUGUAGUUGUGUUGAUUUUUGUAAUCAGCAUUUCCCUUUUAAUAUUAAUUAAAAUAGAUUAUUGUAUUAACCUAAUUUCUGUAAACUCUACAUAUUAAUUUUUUUUUUUCAUAUAAGAGGAAUCCAUUAUAUAAUUCCCUUUAACAUUUAUUGAAAUAAAUAGCCAGACUCUAUUGGAUUCAUAAGACAUGGGUUCAUAAGAGAAUAUAUUUGUCAUAUAACCAUGUCACUUUAAAUAUAAAAAAAUUAAAUAAUUUAUUCACAGUCAGAGCAAAAUCACUUUAGCAUUAUAAUUACUCACUAGCAUCCUUUGUGUUGAUUCUUUUGUCCUGAGAAAUAGUGUACUCCAGUCUUUGCAUUUGAGAAUUUCUUUUUAGUGUAACAUUUAUCUUAACCAAAUGGACGGAAUGGAAAAUUUACUGAAUUUUCCCAUUUCUUGGAUUGUAUGACCCAUUUAUUGAUAUUGUCAUAACUUUCUGAUGUUUUUCCUGUUUCUUUUUUUCCUCCACAAAUCGUUUGUGUUUGCCUCCCCUUUCUUGCUUUAUGCUGAUGUUCCCUUAUUGUAGUAGGUGAGUAUCUCUUUGUGCUGUUGUUACUCUAGCAUUUAGUGAUUGGUCACUAAUUUUAAAAAAGGUCACUGUGGUUUUAUUUCUUAAGCCUUGAAGCACAGUAUUACAUUUGUAAUGGUUGAAAUAUUCUGAUUCUCAUUUAACUCAAUAGUCUCUGCAUGAAAAUCACUCAGCAUGGUAGAAUGCAAGUUAUAUAAUAUUACAAUUUAAACAGUCACAAUUAAUCUGAUUUGCUUUGACUCUCUGCAAUAUGAACACUGGAAAAUGAUUGUAUCAGUUAAUUUUUUUUAGCAUGCUAAAUUUCACCAUUUACUUGAUUCAAUAUGCUUGUUGAAAUGAAAAAUACAACUUGAAAAUAUAUAUAUAUUUUUUUACCAAUAUUGUAAAUUGUUAGUUAUUUACAUUUUUAGCUUUAAAAAAUUUGCACAAAAUGUGUACACUGAUAACAUUUUAGAUGUUUUUGAAACACAGAAUUUACUUUGCUGUUGCUGUAACCACAUAUCAUAUGAAUGUUUACACUGCAGUAACCACAUUAUCAUAUAAAUGCUUAUAGUUGUUUCCCCUCCGAAUCAACAGAAUUUCGAAAUUUCUAAUUAAUUUUUACCCAUAACUUAUUAAUGUCUAUGCACAUACUUUUUUUUACUGAAUUCAUUUAAAGUUUCCUAUAGACACAAUUAAUUUAAUAUUAAAACAUAAUUUUUAUAAAUAACAUGGUAGGCUUUCAUUUUUAAGACAAUAAGAUAUUGAAAGUUAUAAGUUUUUAAUGAAACAUAUGUUAUACAUACUAAAGAGUACUUACAUUUUUUAAAGUCAAAGGAUACAGUAAAAGUUAAAAUCUAACAAUUUGAUGUUUAUUGGGACUAAGUGAGUUUCAUGUGGCAAUGAACCAACUUGAACUCUAUCAUUCUGUUCAGUGGUGAUGACAUCCUUGGGGUCGCUUCAGUCACUAGAGACUACAUGUAUGAAAACAAAAAUCCUAAAGGUAAAAUAAUUGUUUUGUUAAAAAAAAAAACAAUUUGGUUCUCCGAAUGUAACAGCAUUUGAGUGAUUCCUAAGUGUUAUUUCUGUUUGGCUAGAAGAAUUCAAGAUAUUUUGAAGGUAACUUUUUAAAAUAACUUGUGCAAUUCUAGGAACUUGGUAAAUAUGAUUGGGCAAAUUUUCACAGUUGAUAUAGGAAUAAAUCAAACAUUUUAAUUUAUGAUUUAAAUGAAACAAACCAUCAAUUUGAGUAAGCAUGAAUGAUAACUUUUGAUAGCGUCUUAAGAAAAUAGCUUUAAAAAUGCAAUGUCAAUAACUCUCAUUACUCAAUGGUGUUGGUCGAUGUAGUAAAAAAAUAGGGGAACAAGAUAUGUGUAGUCUCGCCUUUUCUUUUCAAGCCUAAACACAUCUCGUUCCACUAUUUAUUUACUUUACAUGGCAUGAAGGCAUUCACUCAGAUAUUAUUCUUUAUUUGUCAUUGUAAUAUUAUAGUUAAAAAAAAAUCCCUGGUUGAGAAAGUUGCCUUAACUCCCUUUACUCAUGAUUUAUUUAAAUACAUAGACUACAUCUUUUUUUUCCCUUACAAAAAUAAAAUUAAAAAAAUAAAAUUAUUUCAACUUCCUGAAAAUGCUUUUGGUCACAACAUCCAUUUUAGCUGAAUGUUACUGUGCAUCAAUGUGAUUCAUACUUGUCAUGCCGCCAGGUCUAGAGACAUGGCUUUCCCUGCAAAAAGCCAACAAAGAUUUGGAAAUCCAGGGAGAAAUGUUGCUGGAGUACGGCAUUCGGACAUCUGAGGCCACAGGGCAGUCGUUUGUUUUUGUUACAGUUAUGGAGGGGAGGUAAAUCUACUUGACAAAGUGAUUGGCUCUUUAUUUAGUGAUGGAAAUAUAUUAUCUCAUUUUAUACUUAUACCGCAUUUUAGGUGACAUAAAAAAUGGAUAACUCGCUUGGGGUGUUAUAUUUCAGAGUGUUUGUAUCUAUUGAUCUAAAUUACUCGGAGAGUGUCAAUACAUACCCACCAAUAUCAACUGAUUUGAUAUGUCAUAAUUAUAAUGUGGUCAUUUUGUGAAAAUGUCUUUUGUGUAAAGAACAUUUACCUGUGUGACCUGAAUUUUUCUCAUCCCGACAGAGACCUGGCAGCUAAAGACAAGACGGGAUAUUCUGAUCCUUAUGUGACAGUCACAUGUUUUGAUGAAACAAAAGCAACAUCAGUAUGUGUUGAAAUGCUGGAAUAUAAUGUGUGGCUGGGGAUGACUGACUAAUGUGUGGUUGGCGAUGACUGACUAAUGUGUGGCUGGGGAUGACUGACUAAUGUAUGGUUGGCGAUGACUGACUAAUGUGUGGCUGGGGAUGACUGACUAAUGUGUGGUUGGCGAUGACUGACUUAUGUGUGGUUGGGGAUGACUGACUAAUGUGUGUUUGAAUGACUGAUUGUUGUGUGGUUGAAUGACUGAGUAAUGUGUGUUUGAAUGACUGAGUAAUGUAUGGUUGGAAUAGUUGACUGUAUGUUUGUAUGAAUGUAUAAUGUGUGUUUGAAUAACUGAAUUUAUGUUUGAAUGUCUGAGUAAUGUAUGGUUGGAAUGACUGACUAAUGUGUGUUUGAAUAACCUACAGUAUGUUUGAAUGACUGACUAAUGUGUAUUUGGAAUGACUGACUAGUAUGUUUGAAUGACUGACUAAUGUGUGUUUGAAUGAGUGACUAUGUGCAUUUAAAUGACUUACUAAUGUGUGUUUGAAUGACUAACUAAUGUGUGUUUAAAUAAAUGUCAUCUCAGAAACAGAAGAAAACCAGAUUCCCAGAAUGGAAUGAGACCUUGGAGUUUCUAUUACCCGAGGACACCUGCAUUGCCGACCUUAGUGUCAUCGUGACAGUGUGGGACAAGGACAACUUCAGCAGUGACGACUUUAUGGGGCAGGUGAGCUUCGCAGUUGAAUAGUCCAAUACAUGUUCUUGUUGCAAAGAUGGUUUUAUUUCCGGCCGUGGUGUAGUAUAUCCAUUGGUAGCUCUGAUGUUAUAUAUUCCAAUGGUUUCUGCGCUGUGAUGUAUUUCAAAUCAUUGAGGCAGUGCAUUUUAAUUUGUUGCUGUGAUUGGCAGUGACUGAUUUUGUAUUGUCAUUAUAACGAUGGCUGUUCCCAUCCCACAGAUUCAUCUUGACUCAGAGGAUGUGACCCACGGUACAAUAAGAAAUUGGCACGCUGUUGCCAGAAGACCCACCAGUGACCGAUGGGCAAGGAGGGCCAGGUGAGUCUUUGGUGUCUCAACAGGUGAGACACUUGUAGUUUCUGGUGGUUUUAAACAUAAACUAGGGGAAGUUUUUCUCUCUAUGCUGCAACAUAGUUUUGUUUAUUAAUAAAGCUCAACAUUUGUCAACUGUUUACUACUUAAUUAAUGUAGUGUGUAUAAGACCUGUUCUGUAGAUGAAGUCACUACCUAAUAAGCUUCUGUAUUUGGCCACUUCUUCCAACUCAUUCGCUAUAUACAUUAAUGAAAUAGGUAAACUGAGGAACCGCCAAAUGUUUAUAUUUAUGUGGUAUCUGUGAGACUUUGUGGAGCCCCACAUUUUAGGUCAACAGCAAAAUAUGAAUGAACCAGAGAUAGAACCGAUUCAAUGUUAUUCUAAACAAAAAAAAAUACAUACCAUUUUAAAAUCAGGCAAAUAGAAAGUUUUUAAAAAUAGUAUUCAUUUUCAUUAGUAACAUGUAAAGAAUUUUUUUUGGGUAGAAGGAGGCAAAUUCAAUUUUGUUAAAUUAAAUUGAAACAAAAAUGUAACAAAAAUUACAUUCUCUUCUUAAAAAUUGUAAAAUUUCAGCCGAGUGGACAGGGGCAAGAUUCGGGUCAAACUCCAGUUACUUGAAGAAAUCGUCCUUCCAUCAUCCUGUUACAGACCACUCAAUGAACUGCUGGCUGAUGCUGUUAAGGUAAUUUUUUACGACUGUCCCUGUGCUCUCUGCUGUCGAGGCUCAUCUCUUACACCUGAUACGGAAUAACCAGUCAUCUGCUUUCUUUCUUUAAAGUGAUCACUUGUAAUCUGCCGCUGGAAGUAAGAAACACUUAGAGUGCACCGGUACCAACAAUGACAUUUAGUGAUACACCAAAUUUUUUUGUCUUAUGGAGACACCAACCAAACAAUGAAUACAAAUACAACACUGUUGUUCAGUGAACAUCUUGCACACAGCAGACGUGAGUUGAAUGAUAAUACAUUUUAAGGAAAUGAAGACAAAUUGCUCACCAGCAAGUAAAAACAAUAAUUGUUUCCAAAUCAGUUGGCUCAAUAACCCUAAUAUAUUCAUAUGACGUUUUGCAAUUUGAGCCUUGUUUGUCAAUUGGGGUUACAUUCUCCAAGUAUAAAUAUUUCCACUUAGAUUUUAUCCUUCAUAACUUCUUCCUUUCUAAUAUCAUGACGGGGGGUUUCUUAUCAAAUCAGUCCUUUCCUUCAUCUGGAUUCAUACAAAUUUAUCGAACAUAUUUUAGUAGCUUUAAGAAUAAUAUCCAUCCCAAGCUGUCUGUAUCAUCUAGUCACCUGGUUUUUAUCAAUCCAUGAUCUCUAACAUUCAGAUGCCAACGACACCUCACAGCCGUGACCUCGGCCAUCUCCUCUGGGACAUGCUGGAACAAGACCGCACCAUUGAACUUGGGGCCAUCGCCAUGUCCCUGGUCAGGUUCUACCUCAGCCAGGAGCUCAUCUUUGAGUUCUUGGAUGCUGUCAUUGUCAGGGACAUUGAGAAAACAGAUGACGUCAACACGUUGUUCCGUGGCAACACGCUCGGUACGAAGGCGGUGGAUAAUUUCAUGAAGGUGAGUCGGUGGAUGUCAUGCCAUAGAUCAGGGAUUUUCAAACUGUGGUACAUUAACCACUAGAUGUACAUUAUAUUGUUCCAUAUGUUGCAUUAUUAUUCGUCCCUCACACGUGAAAAUGACCACAACUUGAGCAGUAGCCUUGACUUGAGCUGUAUUUUGUUUAGAGUGAGGGAGAGCUGCUGAGUUCCUUAGACUCUCGUCCUUGUCUAAUUGAUCCAAUGGCAAGACUUAGUCAAGACAACUGUAAAUAGACCAGAAUGCAGUAGAUGAGGAGCAGUGGUUUCACUGGGCUCUUUAUGUGUUCCACGCUAAUGCCACCGUCAUACCACCUACAUGCCACUGUCAUACCACCUACAUGUCACUGUCAUACCUCCUACAUGCCACUGUCAUACCACCUACAUGCCACUGUCAUACCACCUACACACCACCGUCAUACCACCUACGGUUUGCCCUCUCUUAGAUGAGUUGCCAUCCAAGGUUAGCGAGUCCCAUCCACCCAGGGUGGUCCCAUAUGUACUAGCGAUGAGAAGCUACUGUUUUUGUGUCCUGUUACUUGUUUUAGCUAUGCCUUAUUUACAGAGACUUGUUUUUUUGUGUGUACUGUUACAGGUUCUAGCCAUGCCAUAUUUACAGAGAGUGUUGAAGCCUCCAGUGGACAGAAUCAUAAAUGAGAAGAAAACUGUUGAGCUCGACCCUUUCAAAGUCAAUAGUGUUCGCACGUGAGUACCCAGAUUUAGAUGAUGAGUUUACUGAGAAAUGUACCCAUAAUUAUUCUGAAGUUUAUAAACAAAUGUGUGUGUUAAGGCGUGUCAACACCAGAACAUGACACAUAUACUUGUCGUUGGGAGUUCAAACUCCAGCAAUGUCAGAAAAUAGCUACAUAAAUUCAGGUAACUGAUCAAAGCCAAGGAAGACCUCGACUGCACACCCAAUUUAUAUGAAGGGAGGGGGGCUAUCCUAUUGCCGCUUGAUUAUUUUAAUUGAACUUUGUUAAAAAUGGCUUUAAAUAUUUGCAUAAUUUGUGCGCUGAAAAUAUAUAAUGACAUUUUCCCCUUCAUCCUUGCCAACAUUAAUAGUAGCCUUUGUUUAGAAAUUAAAUUUAUUCAGGUUAAAUAUUUCUUUUUCCUCAAGUCGUAUCUUCUUUUGAUUAGUACAGCUAUUAAAUAAAAUUUACCAAUAUUUUAAAAAGAAUACAUUUUCUUUCUGCUGUGACGACAUCAGGAGACGCCACAGCCUCCACAGAGAAUCUGAAGAGAGUUUUGUGAACCACAGCCUCGAGGCGAUAGAGGAUUACACCUGUGAGAUUGUCAACGGAAUCGUGGCCUCGGUGACCUUCUGCCCUCAGGUGUUGCGACGUGUGUUGAGGAACAUCCAGAUUAGAGUUCGAGAAAAGUGGCCAGAGGAAGUGUUUGAGGUCUGUUCAGUGGCAUUGCGAUGAAACCUUGCCUGCCAGGUGUGAGGGUGGGGUGGGGGGCGGGGAAAUAAUGUCUAGAAAUAAAUUAAUAUAACAAUAAAUUGUUCAAAAUAUUUUGAGAAAAUAAGUCAGUAUGUUACAAGUUAUGUUUAAGUGAACCCGAUAUGUGAAUUGGGCUGUAGUGUCCAAUGGUGGCCUGAUGUUUGUAUUGAUUUUAUUCCACCCCGCAGGAUGUCCCUUACAUUGCGGUCAGCGGCUUCAUCUUCCUCAGGUUCUUCGCUCCGGCAGUGAUGUCACCGAAACUGUUCUCACUCAGUGAUCAGCAUCCAAAUCACAAGGUCAUACGCACAUUCACUUUGCUGGCCAAGGUGAGGGUCAUUUCAUUAUUUUAACCCCACUUGGGUUUGAUUUUGAACAGCUUAAAUGAACACUCCCUUGCCGGCGAGAUGAGACAAAACCCAAGAGGAUUGAAGAGCUUAUGUAAUCACGUACUCUACAUACAAAUUGCAUAGUUUAUGUGUCUGAUUCAAAAUGUUAUAAUCAACUUUUCAAUAUCGAUACAGCUUUGAUCAAUUUUUAAAUUAUUUCCCCUGUCGUAUAUCAAAAUUUUUAAACCACCAUUUCGUAUCCAAAUUGCCUUUUAUUGUCUUCUCUGAAUUAAAACUCCUGUGUUUUUUUGAAUUCCUAUCAUCAUCUCCUCUUCAUCCACAUAAUGCAAGGUGCUUUAUGCACAAAAAAUGCAAGGUGCUUUAUGGACAAAAAAAAAGUGUACGUGACAAGUAAAUCUUGCCGUUUGCUUCCCAGAUUAUCCAAAGCAUAGGCAACCUGACGCCAGGUUGUUUGGGCAAAGAGGUCUGGAUGGAACCACUCAUUCCCCUCAUCACGCAGAAGAUUUCAGAGGUCAAAGUGUACUUGGAUGCCUUGGUUGAUGUGGGGGACUUUUCUGGUAGGCACCUCUCUUUAAGCUAGUGUGAGACCCGCUUGUUUUGGAUGGCUGUUCCAAGUCAUUGAUGAAAAGUGGUAUUUUCCAUAAAAAAAUUAUAUCGAAUUUUUCCAUCAUUCUCCAAACACACCCCAUUCCCCAAACAUCUCCCAAUCCACAAACACGUGUCAUUCCCCAAACACGUGCCAUUCCCCAAACACGUGCCAUUCCACAAACACCUGCCAUUCCCCAAACAUCUCCCAUUCCACAAACACAUGCCAUUCCCCAAACACCUGCCAUUCCCCAAACAUCUGCCAUUCCCCAAACAUCUGCCAUUCCCCAAACAUCUCCCAUUCCACAAACACGUGCCAUUCCCCAAACACCUGCCAUUCCCCAAACACCUUGGCAUUCCCCAAACACCUUGGCAUUCCCCAAACACCUUGCCUAUUUUGGAAAACCACUAACACUUACCUUACAUAUUUCCAGCCGCCCACAGAUACCUGGUGAGACAGCAGAGCAAUGAGACGAUCCUCAUCCAGGGAUACCUCCACAAGUGCCACUACCACUGCAAACGGCUUUUCCGUCCCAUAGUCCUCAAGAAAUGCUAUUUUUAUCUCACACGUGUCAUGCUUUGCUACAGGAAAACCCCAGAGGACGUAAGCAAUAGCAAAAUGGUGACUAGCGUUGGGAGGAUCAUUUUUCCCCGUAUUUUUAAAUACCUAAAAAAAUACUGUUAUAAAUCUUAAGCAAGAUAAAAACUGUAUGCGUUUAUAAAUGGGGUGAUAAAAUAAGGUUACCAAUAGAAGCUUUCUUUUGCUAAUAUUACUUUUACACACAGAUGAUUUAUGAUUUCAUCAUUCUAGCUUCAGUUGUUAUAUGAAAAAUAUCCGAAAAAAAUUGUGACUACCGACUAGAACUGUUGAUAAAUGUAUUAAAAUGCUACUUCUUAACAAUGUAUACUUUAUUGAAGCCACAUAAGCACUAAAUUUACAUAUUUUAGUCAUCAGAGUUCAAAAGUCAUUUGUCAACUAUGUUAUCCAUAAUACUAAUUGAUAGGGAUGAUAAAUAAACAGACAGUCAGCAGCAACCACUGUCCUCCACCCCUCUGCCCCCAGAGAACAUCUCACAAGCUACACCAGUAUUUUUGAAUAAUUUGGGCUGAAAAGUGCAGAUGUGCUGUCUCUUGCUAUUUAUACAACUAUAGUGCAGAUGUGCUGUCUCUUGCUAUGUAUACAACUAUAGUGCAGAUGUGCUGUCUCUUGCUAUGUAUACAACUAUAGUGCAGAUGUUCAGUCCCAUGCUAUGUAUACAACUACAUAGCAGAUGUUCAGUUUCUUGCUAUGUUUACAACUACACUGGAGAUAUUCAGUUUCCUGCUACGUAUGCAACUAUAGUGCAGAUGUGCUGCCUUUUUCUCUAUUCAUACAACUACACUGAAGAUGUUCAGUGUCUUGUUAUGUAUACAAUAUAGUGCAGUUGUUAAGGCUCUUGCUAUGUAUACAACUAUAGUGCAGAUGUUCAGUCCCAUGCUAUGUAUACAACUACACAGCAGAAGUUCAGUUUCUUGCUAUGUUUACAACUACACUGGAGAUAUUCAGUUUCCUGCUACGUAUGCAACUAUAGUGCAGAUGUGCUGUCUCUUGCUAUGUAUACAACUAUAGUUCAUAUGUUCUGUCUCGUAUGUUGUAUACAACAAUCACACUUUAUAUCAUGUAACAGCACACUAAAUUGGAAAACAAGCUGAGCCAGGCUUAUGGAAUCUUUACACAACAUGGCACGAAUGUCAUGUUCUCAUUCGCUUGUUAAACCUUUUCUCCGACAUCUCCUCGUUGUGGCCAAUCGCAUUUGACAUACUUUUCAUCUCUGCUGUCCCAUUUUUGCCUGUAUUUAAUCUCUCACCUGCUUAUGUUCUGUCAAAUUCCUCUUGCUGUCCUCUCACCUACUAUGUUCUGUCACAUUCUUCUUGCUGUCCUCUCACCUACUUAUGUUCUGUCACAUUCCUCUUGCUGUCCUCUUACCUACUUAUGUUCUGUCGCAUUCCUCUUACUGCCCUCUCACCUGCUUAUGUUCUGUCACAUUCCUCAUGCUGUCCUCUCUGAAACUAUAUUGCAGCUAAGUUUUAUCUUUGUUUUAUUUUUUUUUUACUGUUGUUUGUUCGCUGAAGAAGACUUCUUUCCGAUACAUUCGUUAUUUUGUUACAUGCUUUUAUUUAGGUUUUCCCAUAUUUUGUUUUCUCAUUUCCUUAUCCCUAACCUGAUUGCAGGCUCUCAUCCUUGUUAAAAUUUUUUGUGGGUUGGGAUCUCUUCUCUCGAAGUCAUAUGUUUUCAUACCUUUUCUUGUUUUUCUUUCAAAUCUCCUCAUGUAGUAAGCUUUAACUUUAUAAUUUAUGCAUGUCUGUUCCAUUUGAUGCAAUUAAAGAGAGGCAAAUAAUCACUUUUUUUGUGUGUGGCCAUUUAAUCCCUUGGCAGGAGGACACAAUGGUGAUGGUGGAGAAUAUUUGUGCUGUGGAGAAGCUGGACUACGGAGCUCUGGGCAAGUCUAACAUGGGCCAGAUCAUCCACAAGACCUCGGAUGAAAGUACAGCCAUCAUCUACUUCCAGGCAAAGGUCAGCUCGCGCUGUCCCAGGCUUUUAGAUUAAAAAUCUGUUAGAAAAUUUACAUUUAGCCCAUAUGACUGCUUAUUCCUUGUGCUUAAUUCUGAUUGAGGUCAAAUUUGCAAAUUAAUUUCCCCCCCCCCCCCACCAACAAUCAAUUUUGCAUGUUAUUUUGUUUAAAAUGUAGACUGUUUGUCUUAAAAUGGUUCUUGAGGUUUGUCUAGACAUAUUAAAAAUCUGUUAGAAAAUUUACAUUUAGCCCAUAUGACUGCUUAUUCCUUGUGCUUAAUUCUGAUUGAGGUCAAAUUUGCAAAUUAAUAUCCCCCCCCCCCCACCAACAAUCAAUUUUGCAUGUUAUUUUGUUUAAAAUGUAGACUGUUUGUCUUAAAAUGGUUCUUGAGGUUUGUCUAGACAUCUUUAAAAUCUAUAUUAAAGAAUUUUUAAAUAAAAUUUGGGAAGUCCAUAAAUAAUUUUAAGCAUGUUUGAUGUUUAAAAAUCUCAUGUAGAUAUUUUGCGUCUGGUGUGUCCUGCUUCCUUUUUGAAACCGACCUUCCCCUUACUUGACACAGUAUUAAUAAUAAUGAGUGGAAAAAAAGCUGUCACGCAGCGAGCAUCAUGUGUGACAGUUAAACUCGGGUAACAUUUUAAUUAUUUUCUUUAGGGGAAGGCAACUGUUACGUUAAUGAAUAAAGAGCCACGGGUAUGGCCUAGGACUGUCUGUAGGCUUCUCUGUAGGACUGUCUAUAGGACUGUCUGCAGAACUAUGGUUUACAGGCCAUCAGUUAGGAUGUAGGUCUGUGUGUAGGCCUAUUGUUUCAAAGCCUGAUGUAAAAAAUCUGCACCCGGUUAAGCCCUAGUGCAGCGGUUCUCAACCUGUGGGUCGCGACCUCUUUGGGUGUCGCACUAUCCUUUCCCAGCGGUCGCCUAAAACCAUCUGAAAACACAUAUACUUACAGUUAUGAAGUAGCAACAAAAAUAAUUGUGUGGCUUUGGGUCGCCACGACAUGAGGAACUGUAUUAAAGGGUCGCGCCAAUAGGAAGGUUGAGAACCACUGCCCUAGUGUUAAAUAUUUUUUUUAAAUUGCAGGAUGUUAAUGAACUAACAGCAUGGAUAUCUGCCAUAAGGAAAACUUGCAAAUACAACGUUUGUCGGAUUGAGACUUUUCACCCGGGGGUUUUCAAAGGAGAUAAAUGGAACUGUUGCCGAAGAGAGCAAGACAUUGGUAAGAAUGGGAUAUUGACCUUUUUUUGUUAAUAUUUGAAAGUGUAGAGCUGAGAGCUCUUGGUUGUUUACAUAGAAACAUUUUGGUAAAUAAUUUUUUGUUUCUCAUUCAUUUAAUUUUCUCUCAGCACCGAAUCCUAAAUAGUUUUUGUUAUUAUCAGCUUGUUUAUAAUGUUAUUAGUAUGAGAGUAAUUUUAUUAUCUGCAGGCUAGAAUGGUGUAUUCCAUAACUAGUAAUUACAGAAAAAUGUGGUCAGCAUUCUGUGAAAAUAUAACCCCUGAUGGAUUUUUUAUGUCUAUGAAUGUACAAAUAAUAUUUAUUAUGCUUUUGAAGCAUGGCCCUUAUUGCAUAAAUAAUUAGAAUUUCAGUUGUAUUAAAAAUAACAUCGCAAGAUUUUUUUGUGACCGAUUUUCACCUUUUGCAUUGACCAAAUGUUUGACAGCUCCUGGCUGCAGCCCCACCUACCACGGGGUGGUGCUCGGUGAUUGGCAGGACCCGCUCGACCCAGAUGUGGAUGCUCAGAUAAUUUACAGCCAGAUAGCCCACAGCAAGGACAAAAUCAGGUGAGAUCAUUCUGAAUAAUAUAAGGGGCACAGCGUUCAAGCUAUCUUAAGUAAAUCAAUAGUGGAACAAGAUAUGUUUAGGCGGGAAAAUAAAAGAUAAGAAAAUAAAUCGUCCAUUUCGGCUAGAUGCCUUCUUCAGCAGACAAUCCAAAACAAUAGACAGCAGAUAAAUUUAAAAUAAAAAACAACUUAUUUUUUCGAAGAUCUCAAUAAAGUCAACGUAGCUCAAUGUUUAGAACAGGAAGUGCUCUACGUUAUUGUUAGAAACGGAAGUUGAGUUCUUCAAAACCAAAAUGUGUGUCCCACAUUAUUCUGUGGUGCAUACUAUCAUGGUGAAAGAAUUUAAAUAUUAUAAUGUAAAAAUUUUAAAGAGCAAAAAUUGAGAAUAGAAAUUCAGGAAAUUAAAGAUCAUAAGAGAGCAUUUAAUUAAUUCCAUAUGGUGAUAUAGUGCACAAAAUCUGAGUUAAUUGGUUUUCAUUCCUCAUUCUCGCUGGUGUCUUGGUGCAAGAAAUUAGAGCGGUUAUGGAUACGUCUGAUGUGCCCUUGUGUUCACCUCCAUUGUAAUGGGAUGAGACCAGGGAUGGCUUGUUUUGUUCAAUAUUCCAAAGAUGUUCACUGAACUUAUCAGAUAGUCUUCUUCCCUCCUCACCUAUAUCAAGCGACAUCUUUGGCAAAGAUUUACAUAAAUCCUAUUUGGACUGAUAUAUGUGAAGCCGUCUUUGAGUAACAAAGGUUUCCCAAGGAAAACAAAUGUGUUAGGUUUCCAGAGCUAGUCCUAUAACUGCUUUUUGAAUAGGGUUUAGUCCCAACUUGAGAGGGUUCAGCUCGAAGGUGACCGUGAAGCAGAAGGUCACAAAGAUUUUUAUCCUGUCUGAAGACAAUAAGUUGGGGGGACCCUGUUAGUGUCAGGGUCAGCACGGACAAUAUGAUGAUCCAUUUUAAAAAAAUGCCAUUUAUAAGCCUCAUUACAUGUGAUUGUACUGAUGCGAUGGAGUGCCGAAAUAAGGGCACUCUCUGGAUAAGAUUGGGAAUGGAAGAAGUCCUCCACCAUUUAAUUUGCCCUAUCUUAACAGUCUUUAUCUGACUGAAAGAGGCAAAGUAGCCUAAAAAGUUUGGAAGGGGAUCAUUCAUCUCAGCUUACCCAAGAAGUUGGGAAAAAGGGUAUGGAGUCUGUUCAUGAUCUGGGGUGGGGAGAUGAAUACAAUAAGUAACUACUGCACGCAGUUUUUUAAUUGAUGUAGUAGUUAUGGUCUAGGUCUUCUUAGCUUUUAUUCCCUUAAAACAACAUAAAAAUCUAAAAUAUAUAGGAUGCUUGACAAUAAUACUAAAAUAUUUAUGAACGAAAGAUGGUUGUGGAUUGAGAAUUCCCAACAAAUUUUCUCCCUCCAGAAAAAUGCAGCAUGAUCUUCGAAUGACAAUAGCAGGAAAUGACCCCACAAGAGCAGCGGUCCCAAGGGACUCAAACGAUGCAGCCAUGGCAAGCCUCUCCCUCGUGUCAGGUGUGCUCGAUGUGACAGAGCAGCUGGCCAUGUCCCACCAAACAUUUGUCGAGUCCAGUCCCAGACUUUCUCACACGUCCAGAUCUCGAAGUGUCAGCAGCAGUGUAAGUGGCGAGGAUGGAUUAUUUUAGCCUUGUGAUCGACCUUGACAUUCUCCACCUGUUUGAAUUUUUUCUUGAAUGUUCUAUUUUUUUUUUACCUCACCCACUUAUAAUUAUUCCAUAAAAUUCCAUCUUGUUUUGUGCAGACAUAUCCACUGUUGAUAGAUUCAACCAAUAUCCACUUUUAAACAGUAUUUGACCAUUUAUAAUGCCAGUUUUUUUUUGUAAUGCUGUAAUUUCUUGAUUACAUUAGGCCCAUAUUUUUCAGAUUUGUAAAAGGUCCAACUAUCCAGAUUGUAUUAGGCUGGUACUUUCCAGAUCGUAUUAGCCCUGUACUGUCCAUAUUGUACAAGGGUCACUCUAUCCUGAUGUUCUAGGAUCAUAUCUGUACUAUUUGUUGAAUUAUAAUUUUGAUGUGUUUACAAACCAUUUUUUUGGAAUUUGAAUAUUUUUUCUUUCCUUUCUUCUUUAAAGCAAAUUCUGUGAUGUUAAAUGUUUAAUAUAUAUGUAUAUAUAUAUCAUCUAUAUUUUAUGUUACCUGUAUGAUAAUAGGGAGUGUAGAUAUCAAUGGUUUAUUGCCAAGCUUUGCUCCACUUGUCUCUAUGAAACACGCUACUAACACAGUUGAUUUUUAGUUGAUGUGACCAAUGAUUGAAUGGGAAAACCCAAAAGAUGGGUGGCUGCAAUGGUUAAAAUAUUGGUACAACUCAGUUAAAAAAAAAAAAAGAAAAAGUUAAAAUAUAAUGUAUAUCAAGAAGGGGUGGGUACAAGGGUUCCCCUGUGGAUAUUAUACAUAUUUCACAAAAAAUAAUAUCUUUUGAUUCCUUGUUUCAUUCAUAUUAGGGCAUAAAUAUUUUUACAUCAAUAUCAGUAAAAGCCCUUUAUCUAAAUUUCACAACAAAAUCAAUAAACGUUCUCAAUAAAUUUUAAAUAUUUCAAGUAUGUUAAUUGAAUAUGAACAUUAAUUAAAGCGUUACAUUUUUCCAACUUAGAGUUUUUAAACUUUUAACCACUGCCACCUUUUUCGUUAAAAAAAACAACAUUUUAUUGCAGAAGCCCCAUGUUCCCAUUCAAUUAGAAUUCAGUUUGAGUUGUUUCAACUUUACUAACAACUUUCUAGAUGUAUCCCAUACAUUUGACCCACAAAAACUAAAAUAUUAAAAUGCCGCCAUUGAAGCACUGUGUUGCUCACAGGGUUAUUUACCUUCAUCUCAUGUCAACAAAUUGAUUAUCAUAUUAACUGUCAGGGAUUUACCUUUUUCUUUUUUUAAAAAAAAAAUGUCCUCUCAGAUUUUUGUUGUUUCCAUUUACAAAAG